ACCGGAAGUAGCAUAUGCUAACGUGCACACAGUCAAUUAACGGAAUGAUGCACUAUGAUUUUCAAAUAUAAACAGAGUAGUGACACUUUCCAGGCAGCAUAAGUUAACGUAAUCAGUAAUUUAGACAAAGUACCUCACAAACUGUAGGCGGCUCUCUAAAGGAAAACACUAAACAGGAGAUUUUUUAGAAGUUUAAACAUCUUGAGUAACAUCUGAAUAAUGACCAGCGCCCGUAGUACCGUCUUUAGGGAGCUUUUUCUGGAUGGACAGGUUUGUGACUCUGUGAUCCGAGCUGGAGAUGUUGAGUUUAAAAUUCACAGGAUCAUCCUCUGUAACUGCAGUGCAUACUUCAGGGAUCUCUUCUGCUACAAACCACUACCAUCAAACAAGGUCUACAACUUCCCCACUGUGUCUCCAAAAGCAAUGAGCCUCAUUUUGGAAUAUGCCUAUACCCAAUCUGUUGUGGUGACGGAGGACAAUGUACUGGAGCUGUUGGCGGAAGCAGACCACUUUAUCGUGACUGGCAUCAUUCAAGCCUGCUGCGACUUCCUGGAGAGGAAGCUUUGUGUAAAUAACUGCGUCAGUAUCUACAAUCUGGCACACUUACACAACUGUCCUGACCUCAGGGGAAAGGCCUUUCUCUACAUCCUCCAUCACUUUGAAGAGGUUGGUGCACUCUCCUUGGAGUUCCUUCAGCUCUCUGUGCAGCAACUAUCAGAUCUUAUCGAGAAUGAUGAGCUCAAUGUGAAGCAGGAGAGCACUGUGUUUGAGGCCAUUCUCAGAUGGAUCAACUAUUCCCCUGUGGAACGUGGGUGUGACAUGCCCGCACUGCUCAAGCAGGUCCGCCUACUAUUAAUACCCACUGAGUACUUGGUUGGCACUGUGAGCAGAAAUGAUGUGGUGAGUAGUAGUCCGGCAUGCAUGGAUAUGGUAACCACUGCCAUGAAGAUGCUAAAUGAGUCCAUUGUGGAGAGACCUAUACCCCAAACACGCCUGCCGUCUGAAGUCUUAUUGGCCGUUGGUGGUCCUUUACCAAGUAACAAGAUUGAGAUGUACAAUGUCCGAGCUGACUACUGGGUGCCGCUGAGCUUGACACCGUAUCGGGGAUUCUACGGUUAUGCUUACCUCAAUGGAUGUGUCUAUUGCAUCGGAGGUUUUGAUUUCACAAGCUUUUCAAGUCAUGUGAGAAGGUUCAGCCUCACCAGCCAAACCUGGACAGAGGUGGGGCCGAUGCAUGAAGAGCGGGGCUUUCUCAGUGUGGCCACACUGAAUGGCUGCAUAUAUGCUAUGGGCGGGUGCCAAUACCAAAAGACACUGAAAAAUGCAGAACGAUAUGAGCCUGACACCAACCAGUGGACUAUGAUUGCAUCGAUGCACAAGCCCAGGGCAGAAGCUGGUGCUGCAACACUACACGGCAAGGUGUACAUUUGUGGUGGUCUUACUGAAGAUGAACCUCUGUCAUGUGCUGAGUCCUACAACCCUGACACCAACCAGUGGACACUGAUCACACCCAUGGAAACCGGGAGGACUGGGGGAGCCGUGGUCGCCUACAAUAACGAAAUCUUUGUAGUUGGUGGCUUUAACGGUAUCACUCAGUUGCGUAGUGUCAUCGCAUAUGACCCAAGAACAAGACGCUGGCGCAACGUUGCUCCCAUGUUACACCCUCGUCAAAACUUCGGCAUUGCAGUGCUGGAGGACCAGCUGUAUGUGGUUGGAGGUUACCACAAUGGCGGCUUAUUCUGCAAUCUGGAGUGCUAUGAUGAAAAGACCAACAGGUGGUACAUUGUCAGCGACAAAGGGAUGACCCAAGGUGCUGUCAGUUGUUGCGUUCUGAAGCGACACCCCGAUCUGACUGCUUAUCUUCCAUAAUUAUUUCACAUAAAGAAAUAAAGAAAUACAUUUUUCAUCAAUAAAAAA